AUGGCAACCGAGCACCUGAUCAUCGCCUCAGCGCCCAAGAACCUGACGGUGAUAGAGGGAAGUCCUUUCCGACUGGAAUGUCGCUUCAGCAGCGAUCCGCCACCAUCCAUCACCUGGUACUACGUGUCUAACAACGGCAUACGCCAGGUCGUGACGUCAGGGGUGACGGGAGACAAGCGGUCUUUCUAUCCUCGACAAGGACAAGGCGCGGUCUGUAACAUUGUCAUCAGUGACAUUUCUGUAGUAGUAGGUCAGAGUUCAGCCGACGUCAUUAAAAGUGACGUCACUGGGAAGAUGACGUCAGCCGAAUUGACGCAUGCUGAAGGACGUGGAAAGGGACCUAAACCUUACAUCACCGAGACUUCAGGAAACAUCACGGUCCUGGAGGGCCAAAACGUGACCUUAAUGUGUCGUAGCAACAGCCUUCCCCAGCCCCAGAUCCACUGGGCGUACAACAGAAUUGACUCUCACGUGUAUGAAGACAGCCGAGAGGAGCUUCAGAUCGAGGACAUCAGAAAAGUUGACGGCGGCGACUACACUUGUACCGCCUCCAAUAAGUUCGGCCACACGUCGGUCACACUCCAUGUCAACGUGCAGGGUGAUUAA